ACCAUUUGAUAAAUAUUUAUCAAAUACAGCACCACGUUUUUAUUUGCCUAGGGAAGUGUCUCAUUUCACUUAUUUAGCCUUUUUCAUAUGAAUUGAACUGAACUGAAGCCAAGCACUCUCCUUCUGUUUGGUUUUCCUCACUCAUAUCACAAGGUUCUACUGUCCUUCAGUCGUCAAGUCUGCAUUUUGGGUAACCACAGCUUUUGGUCGUGGAAGGUUAACAAGAAGCAACCAUGGAUGUUGAUUCACAACCAACUAUGGAGGAAACCAUUUUGGUGGGAGAUGAUCUAAUGAUGGGCCCGCCAUCACCAAUAAUUCCACAAGAAAUUGCUUCUCAUGUGCUUGAAGGUGUUGAUUUGUGUGAUGGGAUUUUAAAGAAUCUAUUUCUAUGUCUACAAAUCAAUGAUAUUGAGCCAUUCUGUCAAGAUGAGCUUGCUAUGUAUAAACAGUGUGCUGAAAAAAGAGAUCGGGAACUGAGGAAACGACUUCAGGACAGUGAGCAGAAACUGGGGUUGUCGAUGCCUUUAAAUGAUGCAAAGGAAAGAGCUUCUCAGCUUGAAACAGAGGUCACAUCAUUAGAUAGGCGCUUGAUUCUCGCUAGUGGACUUGAAGGCAUAGAAGGAUUUCGCCAGAGAUGGAGUUUGCACGGUCGCCUUACAGACACCAAGAAAAGGUUGGAGUCCUUGAAGCAGGGAAUGGAGUACAGGAAAAGGGAGUAAGGAGAGUAUAUUUAUGUGUGAAUCCACUUUCCUUGAGGAGUGAGUAAGGAAUUUUUCAGGAAUGCACAUGUAAUUUUGGUAUACCUAAAAUAUUCUUAAUGAAUAUUAUUAGUGUAGUUGUGGUACUGGUUGGAAAUUUCGUUUGUUUUGGAUGAUGCUAUUGGUAAUGCCUUACCUUUGAGCCUACCAUGUGUUGUAUACUCGUGUAAUAAGUAUAACGAAUUGUAUUACAGAGAGAUGUAUUCUACCUUGGAAUUCGAGUUGAACUUGUGUAGACCAAAUUAUAGAGA